GCCAUGGAAACCCAUUCCAUGAAGCUCUCUAUGCACUGUUGUUGGGCUCAUCUGAAGGCCACACCAAGUUUGGAGGUCUUUAGCCAUUGACUCUGCAGACAGUUGAAGCCGUCUGCAUGCCUAGGGGCUUGAUUGUAUACACCUGUGUCCAUGGAGGGGAUUGGAACACCUGAAUCACAUGAUAUGGAGGGGAUUGGAACACCUGAAUCACAUGAUUUGGAGGGCGGGGACAAUACUUUUGGCAAAAUAUAGUGUAUAUAUUACAGGUGAAACUCGAAAAAUGAGAAUAUGGUAC